UCUCACCUUUUUCACAAGUCGGUCGUUCUGCAAGCCACAGUUAAAAAUACCAUUUUUUUUGUUUUACUGAAAGAAAUAAUAAAAGCACUCAAAGUCAAGAUCAAUUUAAGGUUGACGGCUUCAAAUAUUAGCCAUUUUUUGCUCAUAAUUUUUAACCAACACGCAAGGUGUUGGAGCGGUGAUUGUUGGGUGGUAGCUGCUCUAGCCUCAAUGGUGACUCAACCAAGACUGACAAUGCGAUCCAUUCCACAGGGUCAAUCGUUCCGCGCAGAGUGGUACACGGGCUGCUUCUGCUUUCGUUUCUGGCAAUUCGGCAACUGGGAGGAGGUCAUCAUCGACGAUCGACUUCCCGUUCGACCUGGUGGUCGUCCGCUCUUUAUUCACUCCUCCCGGCAUACGGAAUUUUGGCCAGCUCUUCUGGAAAAGGCAUAUGCAAAGUGCGUGGAAAGUGUUUCGUUGAUUCUCUAUCUGAAAAAAAAUAAUUUUAAUGUUUACCGAGAAUCUGGAAGAAUGGCCGAUCAGAUACUUGUACGUGGGGAUACAUUUUUUCUUUCAAAUAUGAUGAAACAAAUUCAUUUAUUAAUAAAAAACAAAGUCUUGAGACUAUUGAGAAAAAUUCACCAAAACCAGGUAAUUAUUGCAGCAAUGUCUACUUGGCAUUGUAAUUAA